AUGAACUUAAGGCACAACUAUUGAUACAACAGAAGAAUUUCAGUCGUGCGGAACAAAUGCUAUAUUCAGUGAUCAAUACAAACAGCAGCCAUAGGGACGCAUACCAUCAGUUGGCUAUUCUUCACAGUCAACUCAAUAAGACAACUGAAGCUCUGGACUCGAUAGUGAAGGCGUUGACAUUAUGUUCACCGGACGACAUAAGCUGUGCGCACCUGUAUGUAGAGCACGGGGACAUAUUGCGUGAUCUGCGUGAUUGGCAAAGUGCCGCUGAGAGCUACAGAAUCGCCAUAUCGUUGGACAGCGGUAUCUCUCGUUCGCACUUGAAUUUAGCGGUGAUUUGCCAUUUGGAGGGCGAAUAUAAGAUAGCACUCCAUCACUAUCUCGUGGCCCAUAGUCUCGAUCCCAAUAACGCGAUAAUUGCGGAGAAUAUCUCGAAACUGAAGCGACAAUUAUAUCGACACAAAGACGAGUUCGCGAAGUGUUUCCCCGAGAAGAGUGAGAAAUCCAUUGACAAAUACAAUCUGCAAACACAUACACAACCCGUUGUAGUGGACGACUGGGAGGACAGUCUAUAUAUAUUAGAUGACAAACACAACAAUGUCUAG